GAAGAAAAUGGGGGAGGAAGAGAAGAAACCGGAGGAGAAGAAAGUAGAAGACUCUAAGAAUACAGAUGGAGAAGCAAAGAAACCAGAAGAAGAGAAUAAAAAGGAGGAACCCCAGGCUGAGAAGCCCAAAGAGGAGGAGAACAAAGAGACGAAAACAGAGGAACCCAAGAAUGUCAAAGAGGCAGAUUCUAAGGAAUCCAAGGAACCACCUCCACCUGAAGAGAUUGUGCUCAGAGUCUACAUGCAUUGUGAGGGAUGUGCGAGGAAGGUUAGGAGAAGCUUGAGAGGAUUCGAAGGAGUGGAAGAUGUUCAGACUGAUUGCAAGUUUCAUAAGGUGAUUGUGAAGGGUAAAAAGGCUGAUCCGUUGAAGGUUUUGGACAGAGUUCAACGGAAGAGUCACAGACAGGUUGAGCUUCUCUCCCCGAUACCGAAACCUCCGGCAGAAGAUGCCAAGAAAGAUGAAGAGAAAAAAGAGAACGUUACGUCAGAAGAGAAGAAAGAAGAGCCUCAGGUGAUCAUUGUGGUGUUAAAGGUCCACAUGCACUGCGAAGCUUGCGCGCAGGAAAUCAGAAAACGUAUACAGAAAAUGAAAGGCGUCGAAACUGCGGAUCCAGAUUUGAAGAGCUCACAGGUAACAGUGAAGGGCGUAUUCGACCCACAAAAGCUCGUUGAGUACGUGUACAAGAGAACAGGGAAGCGCGCUGUGGUCGUGAAGCAAGAGCCAGAGAAGAAAGAGGAGAAGGACGAAAAGAAGAGCGAGGCUGAGGAGAAAGAGAAGGGUGGAGAAGGCGGAGGUGAGAAGAAGGAAGAGAAAGAAGAAAAGAAAGAAGAAGAAAAAGGAGAAGGGAAGGUGGCGGAGGAAGUAGCAGGGGAAGAAGAGACGAAAGUAGAAUUGAAGAAGAAUGAGUUCAUGUACUACUACUAUGCUCCUCCCAAAUACGCCAUGGAAUAUGUUUAUCCUCCUCAGAUCUUCAGUGACGAAAACCCCAAUGCUUGUUCAAUUAUGUAACAAAUUUUAGUA